AUGUCACUCAGCAACAACGAAACGAGCCCGUCGAUCCCAUCUACAGAACGGGCACCGCGCAGACAUCACCGGAAAUCCCGAAACGGCUGUGCCAAUUGCAAAUCCCGUAGAGUCAAGUGUGACGAGCAAAAGCCACAGUGUUUGAACUGCGCGAGGCGGGAGCUUCGCUGUAGUUUCCUACCGCCAGACUCUUCUCAUGCAGCAUCGCCUUGUGGAACCUUGGGCUCGGCGUCUUCGACUCCAGCUUGCGACGCAAUACUUGUCGCGCAGGUUCCAUCUCCUUCACUGCCAGACGCUCCUCAGACACUUUCCCCAGAGCCGGCCUCGGAAGGGCUAGACAUCGAGGAUUUCUCCUUACUCCAUCACUACACCGUCUUCACGUCUCAUACUCUAGCCAUUGUCCCAGGACUGGACACUUUCAUGCGCAUCAACCUCCCACGAAUUGCCUUCUCCAACAAUUUCCUCCUCCAUGGCACCCUCGCCAUUGCCGCGCUUCACCUAUCGCGCUUCAAAAGAAAUGCAUCCGAGGCCAACUUGUACAUGAUGAAGGCACUGCAUCACUACGGCACCGCCCUCCGAACAGCAACUUCUCUUAUGCCAAGCAUCAAUUCCCGGAACGGCCCAGCGCUGUACCUAUUUUCCAUGCUGUCUUUCUCCUUCACCUUGGGGCUGAGGCCCAAACCCGGCGAUUUCCUCCUCUUCGGACAACAGGGCAUUGCGCAGUGGCUCGGACAGCUCCAAGGUAUGAGGUCUCUUCUCGAGACACAGCCCGAGCUUUUCCAGGAUGAUACCCUGGCCCCAAUGUUCCAGCUCUCUGUGCGCAGCUUGGCGCAGCCAGUUUCCAGCACCGACCAUUUCCCCCAGCUGCGCGAACAGAUUCAGCAGGCCGCCUCUGGAGACCCGGAACUAGUGCAUUACUUGAAAGCAUUAGAUCAGCUGUCGCAGAGAUUUGAUUCCGCCUUCCUUUCUACUUCCAGAGUAGCGCAACUCUCCCCCCAACAGGUCUUUGUUUGGGUCUAUCAAUUGGAUGAUGAGUUCGUGCGUCUGUUGCAGGAGGAAAAACCAAUUCCGCUUGUCAUUCUUUCCUAUUUCUGCAUUCUUCUUAAUCGUCUCAGUUCGUUCUGGUGGAUCCGCGGGUGGCCAGAACAUCUAUUGUCAGAGAUUCACUCUUCACUUGACGAAGAAUACAAGGUUUGGAUGCGGCGACCGAUGGAGGAAACUGGUUGGAUUCCAGGCUGA